GACUAGAUAUUGGCAACACUAACUAUUGCAGUUGACACUCCGAACAGGUGUUUAUUGUUUUCAUCUUUCCUUCCCUUGUUUCUAUAUUAAAUUUCAUCACAUUGUUAAAUAUAACAAUAAAAUCAUAAUGUUGUUCUGAUCUUCUCUUUAGAGGUGACAUCCACCAAACCUCAAAAUGUUUAUAGAAGAUAUAAAAACAGAUUUCUACGAUGUUUUACUUGGAAAUAGGGUGUUGUUGUUAGUACAUUACGACGUCGACGCGAUAUGCACGUGUAAAAUACUGCAGGAGUUAUUUAAAUGUGAUAAUAUUUCAUACACGUUGGUGCCUGUGGGGGGUAUUUCGGAAUUAAAGUCGGCAUAUGAAGAGAAUAAUGAGGAAAUAAAGUACGUGGUGCUGGUGAACUGCGGUGGCACCAUCGAUUUAGUGGAUAUCUUGCAGCCUGAAGAACAUGUUGUAUUUUUUGUCUUAGACUCACACAAACCAACAGAUAUUUGCAAUGUUUACAGUGAUGGACAGGUGAGGAUAGUGUACAAAGACAGUGAAGAGAACAUUCCUAAUUUUGACGAUAUAUUCAGAGAUGAUGAAGAUGAGAACGAGGAGCAAGCGAGUGGUAUGGAGGCCCUCGAGGCGGUGGUGGAGAGGAAACGGGCGCGGCGCGCGUGGGAGGAGAGGAGGCACACCCUCAUGUUCAACUAUACACAGUUCUCUUACUAUGGGAAACCGAGCGCGAUGGUGGCACUGGAGGUGGCGUGGCGUGCGUCCCGCGACGGCGCCGGCGUGCAGUGGGCCGCCGCCGUCGCACUCGCCGCCGCCGCCGCCGCGCACGCGCGCCCGCCCGCCGCCGCGCUGCUGGACGCGCACGCGCUGCACCGCCGCCUCGCACACCGCCAGCGCCGAAGCAGUCAUCCGGAAUAGAUACAAUACAAUAUUUAUCGAUGUAUUUUACAGUCGUGUGGCACUGCUGUCGUACUAGAAAAUGAUGUGUGGCUGCCGCUGUACCGUAGCUGGUCUCUGGAGGCGGCGCUCCGUCACUCGCCGGACUUCGGCCCUCACCUGAAGCUGCACACCCUCGCCGGAGAUAGCCAGGUGCGGCAGCUACUGGCCGAUAUGGGGUACCCGCUGGCGGCGGCGCGGCAGGCGUUCGGCGCGAUGGACGUGGAGCUGCGGCGCGGGCUGGCGGCGGCGCUGGGCGCGGCGGCGGCGCGGCGCCGGCUGCCGGCGGCGGCGCGGCCCGCGCUGCUGUUGCGCCGCGCCGCCGCCGGCAGCCGGCGCCGCGCCGCGCUCGACCUCGCCUACGGGCUCAUGGCGCUGCUCGAGCACGAGUCGCUGCCGCGCGGCGUGGGCUUCCAGAAGGCACUGUGGGCGCUGGACGUGGGUGCUGGCGGCGACGACACGGACGGCUGCGAGGCGGCGCUGCAGGCCGCGCGUGCCGCGCUGCAGGCCGCGGCUGCCGUGGCGCACGCCACGCUGGCCGGCCGCCGCCUGCAUCUCGCCGGGCCCUUCAGCUACUUCAUCGUGCAGGAGGGCAGCGCGGAGGCUGGCUGGGUGCGCGGGCCGCUGUGGCUGGGCGUGGCGGCGCGCUGGGUGGCCCGCGCUGCCUCGCCGCGCGCCCGCACGCGCCCCCUGGUGGCCAGUGCGCCGCUCACGCACGACCAUUGCAUAUUACUCGGCAUCCCGCCCAACUUCGAGGAGGAGCCCAGGAACUUGUUCGGCGCGGCGUUCGAACAGGCGGCGAGCCGGUGUGGAGCGUCUGUGAAGCUGGACUACGCCGACACGUCCGUCAUCUCGCUGCCCGUCGCACAGCGGGCGCAGUUCCUCGACGCUCUCACCGCGCUGCUAGCCUGACCACGGGCCAGCAUCCACCCUCUCAGUACUUCCCGGCGGACACACAUAUCGUCACCUUUACUGUAAAUUUACGAAACUGAAAAAAAUACAUUUUACAGGGGAACGCUUUAAAACAUUAGAAUGCAAAUAACUUUUGAUAGAAGACUAUUGUAAAAUUUCAUGCUAACAUUUUAGUUUUAAAAUCCUGUUUUUUAUUGAAUGCGCUUAAUUAAUUAUUAUUAUAUUACAAGUAUCAGAAAUAAAUGCAUAUUCGUUACUUUGCACCUUCAUACGUGAGAGUUCCUAGGUAUUGAGUUAUAUAACAGCAAAUCUACGAAAGUGGCAGUUUCGUAAGUUGCCAAAGAAAAUCAUUUAUUUUAAUAUCUGGCAAACUAACGAAAGUGCCACUUUCGUAAAUAUACCAAGGUAUAAAUCACGUCUUUUGGAGAGAAUUUCAGUUUAAAUAACAACGUUAAAGCAAUCAUUCAUGUAAAAUAACUAAAUUAGGAUUGAAAAAUUGAUAAAAUAAUUAUUGAAAUUUUCAAAUUAAAGUGUUUAUCAUAGAAAAUAGUAUAAAAAUAUGCCAAGUAAGUUUACUUUGGGUAUAUCACAAAAAUAUGGAGAUUCGAGUUACUCGAUUUCUUCAACCGUUAGAGAUAGAAAUUUGAAAAUAAGCCACAAUAAGUAGUAUGACGCAAAAUGUAGAUUUUUAAAGAAAUGUCGAAUUUGAAAAAAACUGCAGAUUCGUAAAUUUGCCAUAGAGGUGACGAUAUGUCCUCUUUCUACAUAUAACAUUGAAGAGUGUCCAACACGCUGACAUAAUAUCUUAAUAGUAAGUGAUCGCUGACAUCUAUAUUCAGAUUACAGACAAAUGCACUCAAUUAUAGUUGAUUUUAAACUUUCACGUUUGUUUGCAUAUAUUUAAAUACAUUAUUCGGACUUAGCGAAGUGAAAAAUUUAGCAAGUAAAAUAAAGAAGUAUAUAUGUAGGUACAAUUUGCCUGCAAAAUUUUUCCUAGUCCCGAUAGUGUAUUUAAUUAAAUAUUUACUCAAAUAUAAUAUAAAUAAUAUAUUUUGAUUGUUUGCUUGUUUAUCUAUUAUAAACUCAAAAACUAUACUACUGAUUUAAAAUUAUUUCACCUAUAGAAAAUUAAAUUAUCAGCCAGUAAAUAGGCUAUGUUUUAUUAUAGAAAAUUCUUUGUACUCGUGUGAAGCCGGGUCGUGUCGCUAGUUUAAUAUAAAAAGUGUAAAUAUGUAUGUGAACCAUAACACUAUGGAUGUUACAGUAUAUACAAUGUUAUGCAUAUUGUAGACUCCAUACAUUGCUAUUUCUGAGAAUACAGCUAUGCAGUAACGUGUUAUGUCCAUGGCACUGCUCAUGUCUAUAGGCGACGGUUACCACUUUCCAUCAGGUGGGCCGUCAGCUUGUUUGCCAUUCUAAGUUGUAUAAAAAAAAAGGCAGAUGUACACAUGCAUACUAUUUUUCCUUUUACAGUCUCCCUUUAGAAAUCCUUUAUUAGUGAAAGAAAAUCAAUGUCAUUUUUGAUGAUAUAGAAUAUGGAAAAGAUUUAUAAAUAGUGACACCAAAUUCCAAAAGGGUUUUAUAGGGAGUCCAAGACAAUGGGGUUGAUUCUAAGACAGCAUUCCUCUAAAUAUAUCAAUUACCAGAGGGAGACUUUGUACAAAAGUCGACUGCUUGGGUACCUCUAUUCCAUUCGUGUUUCAACCGUGAAGCAGUUGUGUUUGCAUGGCUGUGUUUCAGUUUGAAGGGUGGGAUAUGGCGUGAAUUUACUGGUUACAGAGGAAUAACACCUGAGUCCUCAGGAAUGGCAACGUAUGGGGGGUAUCGUGGGCGAAACAGUAUACUCUGUUAUGUCCAUGGUACUGCACAUGUCUAUAGACGUUACCACUUUCCAUCAGGUGGGCCGUCAGUUUGUUUGCCAUUCUAAGUUGUAUAAAAAAAAAAUUAAAAUUUCAAUAUGAUGUCACAGUAAAAUCUUUAUUCUAAGAACAAAUAUAAACUAAAUUUUCAAUGUAUUAGAAGUCAAAUUUUUUAUAAAUCUAGUUUAUGAUGGUUUAUAAAUCAGUCAUCAGUAUCAUACCAGCCUUUAACUGUCCACUGCUGAACAUAAGUCUCCCCCUUGGGGGGGUUUUGCCAGUAGUUGCCACUUUUGACAGGCGGAUUGGCAACCGCAGUUAGGCUUUGGAGAUGUUUUUAAAGGGACGCUGUUGCCUGUCCCUCACCCUUCCUUAGUCGCCUCUUACUACCCAUGGAAAAGGAAGGAAUGGCCUAUUUUAUGUUUACAAAGGAGUAAUUUUAUGAAACUAUAAAAUUAAAAUAAGAAAUAAGUUUAGAGAAGUGACGUCUCGGAAUCGCCCCAGUAACAAUGUUAUUUAUAAUAUUUUUAAACGUUUAUAACGAAUCUGUGGCAAGAUAUAGAAGACAAAUCGCAUGGUUUUUUUUUUAAUUGAUAACAAGUAUUUAAGUGUAAUGGAAAGGAGUGAUAAUUUUAAAAAAAUGAAUGCAAUUUUACAUCUGAAACUAUGGUUCACACACCAGUCUAGGCAUUUGAUAUUUACAGUUUAUAAAUGGCAAGUUGAAAUCAAAUUUUAAUCUAAUAUAUAAAAUUCUCGUGUCGCGGUGUUUGUUACCAAACUCCUCCGAAACGGCUUUACCGAUUUUCAUGAAAUUUUGUGCGCAUAUUCGGUAGGUCUGAGAAUCGGCCAACAUCUAUUUUUUAUAUCCCUCAAUGAUAAGGGUAACCCACCCCUAAAAUUUUAUUUUUUUGACAUAUAUUUUUUUUAUUUAAAUAUGAUUUAGCAUUGAAAAAUCCAUACCACUUAAAAUUUUCACCCUUUUACGAUCAACCCGAUGUUUUUUAAACGCGAUUUUUAUAUUCCGCAAUAGAGUUGCAAGAUGUCAAUCGAAUAUAAUAAUUCUAAUACGAUAAAUUUUCAUGUAUAGUUCUAGAAAUAAUGUAUAUGGUAAAACAACGUUUGCCGAGUCAGCUAGUUAUUAUUAUAAGCAUGUAAGUUGUUGAUAUAAUUGUAUGGGUUACAGUAUCAGAUCAGUUCAAUUAAAAUGUCAAAAUAUAUAAAAUCAACUCUCCACUGUGCUCAAUGGAUAAUAAUAUAGUAAAGCAAUCGACAAUAGCAGUAAUUAAUUAGUUUAAUAUUUAUUUUUAAUUAGUUUUAUAAAAUAAAUGAGAUUUGAAUUCCUUUUA